AUGGACGGUCAGAAAAGCCAGGCGAAGCUCACGAGGACCCAGUCGUCGCUGCUGCGGUCGUCGCCGACCAUCCGAUCCUCCAUUCAUAGCCUCUCUUCGGUGACCGAGGAGGACGUCAUCGCCGCCCAGCAGCAACAAUACGACGAAGAAGAGCAGAAGCCCAAGAAUUACAACCCCGGUUCGACUCAGAAACCCGGUUCGAACCGGAUCAGCCACCAGCACCUGGCGAUGGCUUUUCUCACUGUCUUCACCCUCUUCAGCUUCUCCGGCUUCUUCUUCUUCUUCUAUCUACGAAGAGAAGAGAUACCCACUUCCGAAAAUCUCCUCCUGGCUCUGGUCUUCGUCGCAGUCACCCUUUUCUUGGCGAACAGGAACAGGGGCCUAAUCAACCACAGCGUCUCCGUUCUGAAACACUCCUGGGACGAGAAUGCGAAGCGGUUCCGGUUCUGCAAGACGAACGGUGGGUCGAAGCCGGUCCAGUGGUUCAUUGGGUCCGACCCGAACACGAACAAGGCCCGAAAGGAGAAGAAGAUUAUAAGGGAAGGGGUCGAAUUUUACAGCAAUGGCGAUUUCUACGAGGGGGAAUUUCACAAGGGCAAAUGCAAUGGGAGCGGAGUUUACAAUUAUUUUGUGAAUGGGAGGUAUGAAGGCGAUUGGAUCGAUGGGAGGUACGAUGGGUAUGGGAUUGAGGGGUGGGCUAGAGGAAGCAGAUACAAGGGUCAAUAUAGGCAAGGAUCGAGGCAUGGGUAUGGGGUUUAUAGAUUCUACACAGGGGACUCUUAUGCAGGGGAGUGGUGCAAUGGGCAGAGCCAUGGCGUUGGAGUGCAGACUUGCUCUGAUGGUAGCUGCUAUGUUGGUGAAUUCAAGUAUGGCGCUAAGCAUGGCCUUGGUUGCUACCAUUUUAGAAAUGGAGAUAGAUAUGCAGGAGAAUAUUUUGGAGACAAAAUCCAUGGAUUCGGGGUCUAUCAUUUUGCUAAUGGUCAUUGUUACGAGGGUUCAUGGCAUGAAGGCCGGAAGCAGGGCUAUGGCGUCUAUACUUUUCGAAAUGGCGACACAAGAUGUGGUAUGUGGGAUGGUGGCACCCUUAAGCACCCUCUUGCGCCGCUAACGGAUGCAGUUGUUCGAGCAGUUAAGGCUGCUGGGAAAGCUGCAGAGAAUGCUGUUAACCUCCGGCGGGUAGAUGAACAUGUGAACAAGGCAGUCAUGGCGGCAAACAGAGCUGCCACUGCUGCCAGAGUUGCUGCUGUCAAAGCUGUUCAAAACCGAAUGGAUGGAAAAUUUUGUGAUACAAAUGUCUAA